ACAAUUACUACUUUUAUUUCAAUGCUAUAAAUUGUAGUCACCUACUCACACUACGUGGCACUUUCAGAAUUACAAGCAUCUUUUUGUGGCCGUCUUUCUCCAUAUGUGAGAUAACAUAGCCCCUGCGACUGUGCAUCGAAUUGUGAACAAGAACUGCAAAAAAUGGAGUCCACUGACACAUCAGUUAAAAAUGAGGAGGAAUGGCUUUUGGGUUCAGAGCUUUGCAGCUUUGUCUGUUUUCCAAUGGCCAUGAAAGCUGCAUUAGAGCUUGAUGUCUUACAAAUCAUAUCAACUGCAGGUCCUGACCUUCAAAUUUCCCCUGCCCAGAUUGUGGCCCAAAUUCCAAAUGUGAAAAAUCCAGAUGCAGCAAUCACUCUAGAUAGGAUUCUCAGAGUCCUGGCAACUCAUUCUCUCCUCAGCUGUUCUGUAACCACAGGCAAGAAUGGCAAGCCAGAGAGGCUCUAUGGUCUUACUCCUCUCUGCAAAUACCUUGUGCCCAACAAGGAUGGCCUGUCCUUAGCACCACUGGCCCUGAUGAACCAGGACAAGGUGUUCAUGGAGACUUGGUAUCAUCUCAAGGAUGCUGUUCUUGAGGGAAGCCAGCCAUUCUUCAAAGCUCAUGGGGUGAAUGCAUUUGAGUACCCUGCAAAGGACCAGAGAUUCAAUAUGAUAUUUAACAGGGCUAUGGCUGAACAUUCUGCCAUGGUGAUGGAGAGGAUUCUAGAUUCUUAUCAAGGCUUCAAGGAUUUGGAGGAGCUGCUGGAUGUGGGAGGUGGAAUUGGGUCUACUCUCAAUCUUAUAGUUUCCAGGCAUCCACAUAUCAAGGGAGUGAAUUUUGACAUGCCCCAUGUUGUAAGAGUUGCCCCUCAUUAUCCAGGUGUGACACACAUUGGUGGAGACAUGUUUGAGAGCAUACCCUGCAGCCAAGCAAUUUUUCUUAAGUGGAUUUUGCAUGAUUGGGGUGAUGAUCAUUGCAUAAGACUUCUAAAAAAUUGUCACAAAGCAUUAUUAGAUAAAGGGAAGCUGAUUGUAGUUGAUACCAUCUUGCCCAUGGGUGUAGAGACCUCUGCCUUUGCUAGAGAAGCAUUUCAUGCAGAUCUUUUAAUGUUGGCAUACAAUCCAAUGGGGAAGGAGAGGACAGAGGAGGAAUUUAAAGACCUUGCAAAAGUAGCAGGAUUUGAAGGAGGUAUCAAGCUUAUUUGUUGUGUUAGUGGAUUAUGGAUCAUUGAGUUUCAUAAAUAACUUUGAGAUAUGAUUAUCAUCUUCUUAGUACUAUAGCAGUGAGCACGUCUUCUAUCAUGGGGGCCAUCAAUGAAUAAUCUACCACUAAGUAUAUUAUGCCCUUCUCUACUAAGGAAGAUAGGUACCAUGUUUAGUUUUUCUUUCAUUUCUUCAUGUUAUGUGCUUUAUUUAGCUUUUAUCUUCUAUAUGAGACUCUACCAAUCUUUUGGU